CAGGCUCACGCUAAGGCUCGAGAUCUUGGCCGAUGCCCGGGCUCCAGAAAAGAUCCAGGAUGAACAGCGGGCAAGAGGAUGGUCUCACUCCUCUUGCCCACCGUGUUGGGUCGUACGUAACUUAACAGACCUCUCAGGCCUAGCUUGCCAUCGGCACCGCCACACUGGCCUAAUAUGGCCGCUAGUGCUGGAACCGGACUCGCGCGUAAUGAGCCUGGACUAAGGUUAAUAUGGCCGAGGGCUUGAUUGAAGUGGAGCGAAAGUUUGCUCCAGGGCCUGACACGGAGGAAAAGCUGCAGGAGUUGGGGGCCACCCUGGAGUACCAGGUCACGUUCCGAGACACAUACUAUGAUACCUCUGAGUUAAGUCUUAUGCUGGCUGACCACUGGCUGCGACAACGAGAAGGUAGUGGCUGGGAGCUCAAAUGUCCUGGAGUAACAGGUCUCUCAGGACCUCACAAUGCAUAUGUGGAAGUCACAUCGGAAUCUGCAAUCGUGGCCCAGCUCUUUCAACUGCUGGGGUCUGGGGAGCAGGAGACUGCAGGUGUGGCUGCUGUCCUGGGCCCUCUGAAACUUCAGGAAGUAGCUAGUUUUAUAACCACACGCAGCUCCUGGAAGCUGGCCGCCUCUGGAACCCGUGAACAGGAGCCCCUGCUCACAGUGGACUUGGAUUCAACGGACUUCGGCUAUGCUGUGGGAGAGGUAGAGGCCAUGGUGCGCGAGAAGGCCGAGGUACCGGCUGCCUUAGAGAAGAUCUCCAGCGUCAGCAGCAUGCUGGGAGUGCCGGCACAGGAGAAGGUACCUGCCAAGCUCAUGGUAUUCCUACAGCGCUUCAGGCCUCGGGACUAUGAGCGCCUGCUAGACGCAGACAGUUCCGGUGAGGCCACAGGGAACUCAGCAUCCUGACAACACUGUAUGCGAGCAGGGUUCACUUUCUAAAACAGAAGGUAACUCUGAAGGCGCCACCCACACCCGGACCCGCUGUGCCCCGCCCCUUACGACUGAGCCACUUUUCCCUCCAGCUCCGCCUGGUCUGCGGCCCACUCGGAGCUAUCCUGCCCGGAGCCCUCCCUCACUGCCUCCCUCAUCCGUCAGAUGCAAUCUGUGGGCCGCCCCUCUCCCCUGGCCGCUAAGCAGCCUCCAUUGAUUUCCGCUCGUGUUUAUAGGAUUUCCACUUAGCCGUGAUCAGUAGUUAAGCACAGGGAAAUCCCUUGCCACCCCCCUCCCGUGGUCGAUGCCAUUGAUUCUGCCAGAGGCUCUGAAGCCGCCUUACAGCUGAGUUAGAGAUGAGGGGAAACAGCGGGGAUUUCCCCGCCUUGGGGCAGAGGGAAGAGUAGGAAGGUGGGGAGAAUGUUGGGAACUCCUUAUGGGACCUAGAGAUUCCGGACCUGCCGCUUUGCCUGGAGGGUAGAGCGCCCUGGGCGGGAGUUUAGAGACACAUAAGAGCGGUAAAGAAAAUGGUCCUUGUUGAGACAGGUUCCUACAGUUCCAGGAAGUCAUACUCUCUGUGGAGAGGGCUCCACCCUUGCUCCUACACAUUUUUUUUUUUUUUUUU